AUGACACAGACGAGAUUCAAGCAUGUUGCCACCGAAGAAGGACACAUGGUCCUGACUGGCAGAGACGGAGUUUUGAUGCGUUGUGAAGACGAGCCGAUCCACAUUCCCGGAGCUGUGCAGAAUUUCGGAUGCAUGGUCGUGGUGCGCGAGGCAGAAGACGGCUCCCUUGUUGUUCGCCAAGCUUCCGAAAAUACCGGCGACAUCCUCGGCCUCUCACCCAGCUACCUCUUUUCUUUACCGAGCUUCCUCGACUGUCUCGAGGAAGAUCAGGCGGACGUCCUCUGGGAUGCCAUUGAAUCUUUGGACGAUCGCGAAGAUGAGCUCCUGGAGUCUGGACCCCAUGUCUUUCAAAUCUCUGGCUUCGGACAGCCUGGACCCGGGGUCGGCAAAGCUCGAGCUAGAAUGCAUUGGCAAUGCUGGUGUGCCGCUCACCGGUCGCUCAGAGGAGCGAAUGCUGACAGCUCCAAAGCGCCCAUGACGAUUUUGGAAUUUGAGCCCAUGCACGAUACCAGAUUCCCUCUCAUGACACAAUCGGCACCUCCCACCCCAGCUCAUGAGGCGACCGAGGAAGAAGCAAUGACUCCGCCCGUGUCGGGCACCUCACGAUCCGGCUAUACAGUCUUCACCGAUGAUAGCGAGAGCGGAGAGUCGGUUGACACCAAGCUCAGCAUGCAGUUUGCCUCUUCAGCAACCAUCCGAGGAGGACUUGAUGGGAUGCCGUACGUACCCACCGUGGAGCAGCUGCGCGAAUCUACCACCUCAACGUCAAAGCCGAUCAAGGCAUUGUCUCGUAUGCGUAGGAAGAAUGGGGAGCAGUCCGAGAAGCGAGCACGGCCGCGAAGGACUGGAGGAGCUGCCGGUCCUGGCCUACCAGGCUCCCAUACCGCGGGUGAGGACGCUAUGCUGGAUAUGUUUGGGAUCCUGACACAGAUCAACGAGCAAUUCUCUGCCCAAGAAGACCUGCCCUCGUUCCUCAAAAUGGUCGUCAGUGUCGUCAGAGACUUGACAAACUUCAGCCGAGUCAUGAUCUAUCAAUUCGACGAUCAAUGGAAUGGACAGGUAGUCUGCGAACUCGUGGACAUCAAUGACACUCAUGACCUGUACCGAGGUCUCAACUUCCCUGCGACAGACAUCCCCAAACAAGCUCGCGACCUAUACAGGAUCAACAAGGUACGCCUGCUUUACGACAGAGAUCUUCCCUCUGCCCGUAUGGUGUGCCGUGAAAAGGUCGAUCUUGAUACCCCAGUAGACAUGACGCAUAGCUUCCUACGAGCUAUGAGUCCAAUUCACGUCAAGUAUCUCGAGAACAUGGGAGUGAGGGCAUCCAUGAGUUGUUCCAUCAUGGCCUUCAAUCAGCUGUGGGGUCUCAUCUCCCUGCACACCUAUGGCACACAUGGUCGUAGAGUGUCGUUUCCCAUGCGACAGCUCUUGAGGUUGGUAAGCGAAUCAGUCUCGCACAAUAUCGAAAGGCUCAGUUACACCAAGCGACUUCAGUCUCGAAAAUUGAUCAACACGCUGCCGACGUCCGGAGCACCGAGCGGCUACAUCUUGACCAAGGCGGAGGAGCUCCUCGACCUGUUCGACGCAGACAUUGGAGUCAUCGCGAUUGGGAGCGAGUGCAAGAUCCUCGGCAGUGUCUCUGCGAGUCAGGAAGUUCUUGCGCUCACCGAGUGGCUUCGUCUGAAGAAGUUCAGCGGAAUCGUCCACACAUCGAACACUACAGAAGACUGGCCCGACAUGGAGCUGCCGGAAGGCGUGGACCUCAGCAAUCUGGCCGGUGUUUUGUGUAUCCCGUUGUCAGAAGGGUCGAAGGACUUCAUCGUGUUCAUCCGCCGAGCGCAAACGCGGACAGUCAGCUGGGCGGGAAAGCCCUUCAAGGAGGGCAAGGAGGCGAAAGCAACCCUCGAGCCCAGGAAGUCGUUCAAGCUCUGGAAUGAGACCGUUCAUGGAACCUGUCGUGCUUGGAAAGACGAAGAGCUUGAGACCGCAUCGGUGCUUUGCCUCGUGUACGGAAAAUUCAUUUCCGUAUGGAGGAGCAGGGAGGCUGCGAUGCAGUACAACCAGCUAAAUCGUCUGCUCUUGUCCAACGCAAGCCACGAGGUCCGCACGCCUCUUCACCAUCUCGUCUCGUAUCUCGAGAUGGCUCUCGAUGGCCCUCUGGAUGCAGAGACGAGAGAGAAUCUUACUCGUGGUCGCAUUGCUAGCAAGUCGCUCCUCUUCACCAUCAACGACUUGUUGGACAUUUCGCGCGCCGAGCAAGGCAAGCAGCUUUUCCUGCAAGAGCCGUUCGACCUUGCCGAAAGCGUGCGAGAGGCCGUCGAGAUGCACGAGUGGGAAGCAAAGCGGCGCAAAAUCAGCUUCAAAGUUGUGACUAAGCCAUCCUCUUGCGUUAUCCUGGGCGACAAGAAUCGUCUUCGCCAAGUCAUCGUCAACACGACGUCCAACUCGUUGCGGCACACGCCUGAAGGAGGCAGCAUCUACAUUGAGAUGCUCCGCCGCAAGAAGGACAAAGCUAUUCUGCAGCUUCCAGAAGACUGUGACGUGGAGAUGGAAUUGUCCAUUUCAGACACCGGCUCUGGUAUCCCACGUGAGAAGCUUGAGGCCAUCUUCCGCGAGUUCGAGCAGGUCGAGUCGGUGGUUCCAACGGAUGAUACGCUGGCUGGUCGCAGAGCCUCUGAUAAUUUCGAGGAGUCUCUUCUGCUUGGCCCGGAAGGACCUCCUCUCGACAAGGCUCCUUCCUCCAGUGGUUUAGGCGUGGGUCUCGCCGUGGUCGCUCGAAUUGUCCGCAACCUGCAGGGCCAAUUGCGGGUCGACUCUACAGUCGGAGUUGGUUCGCGCUUCACCUAUCUCAUUCCUUUCAAGCAGGCGGAUCUCUCCGAAGUCACAACAGCUUCCCCGGCCCUUGAUGACUUUGGUAGCCAUCAGCGCAUGACUCGUAGCAGCAGCCAAGGAACCUUGGACAUAGGCAGCUCUGGCGGCAACAGCGAGCUUGAUUCGUUGGUGGAAGCUAUCGGGGCUCCCUCGCGCACUGCGAGCGAGAGGGGCGCUCUUCUUACCAGUGGAAGUCGAGGCGCUGGCCCACGUGGCGCAUCCGCUCUCGGUCCUUCUCGUCAUGAUCAAGAGGGAUAUAUGGAAGUGACUGGCUCACGCAUACCUCUACGACCCACCAAGGUGGAUGCACAUUCUAUGGAUGCGAACAGUAACCAUAGCGGCGACACUGGAAGUGCCUCGGCCAAGGUUAAGAGUCCUCCUACAGGCAGUGUCACGAGCGAGGGUCCUGUCAGCUUCACUGCCAGUGAUGCUGGCAGCGGCGGCUCGCGCAGACCUAGCGCGCCCAGCGCGCGACGCAGUCAGAACAAAACAACGGCUUCGGUGCGGGAGAAGGUGAGCCCUCUGCGCGUUUUAGUCGUCGAAGAUGACCCCAUCAAUCGCAUGAUCCUAAAGAAGCGGUUGGGCAUUGAUGGUCACACGGUCCUUCAAGCCAUGAAUGGAGAGGAAGGUGUUCACAAGUUUGAAUCACACACCAAGGACAUCGACCUCAUCCUCAUGGAUCUCCAAAUGCCGAUUUGCAACGGUCAGGAUGCUUGCAAGCGCAUCAGGAGCAUCGAGGCGCAGCGACGCGAGGCAGGUGACACUCCGGAGCUGCCUGCCAUUCAGAAGACGAAUGGCCGUGUACCCAUCUUUGCAGUCUCUGCCACUCUGACUCCUAGCAUGCGAGAGGAGAUGACCCAGAUCGGUAUGGACGGCUGGAUCUUGAAGCCGGUAGACUUCAGUCGGCUCGCGAUUUUGCUCAAGGGGACUCGUGAUACAGCCACGAGGCGUCAGGAGCUGUGGACCCCGGGCAAAGAUUGGGAAAAGGGUGGCUGGCUCUGUCCCCCGCCUGGGAAGCCCGAGAAGCAGCAGUCACCGGAAGCUUCACGAAGGACCAGCGUGUAG